AUGACACACUAUCCAGCGAACGUUGCACUUGAUAUCGAUCAAAAGAGAGCUCUCGAGUACAUUGAGGACAGUAUCAGGAACCCCGCAGGCAAUCGCAGCUUCUUCAUAACCGGGCAUCCGGGAACGGGAAAGACGUUGGCCACGAAGAAGUUAGUCGACAACCUCACCCGCGACCAUGACACCGUAUCUCUCACGUGGAACGCAUUGAGUGCACGUGCUCUUAAUGGUGAUACG